GUAUUGUAUCCAUCACACAGUGUCUUUAUCCUGUCAGCAUGUAAUGUUAUCUCUUUGCUCGGAAUGUAGCCGCGAAGGUUAAUUAACCAUAUUAGGACUUCCUAUUCUUACAUGUGUUAUGGCUUUCUCGAUCAUCUGUCUCUCCCAUGAAUUCUCUCAGAAACCUCCGUAUACCUAAUAUUAUAGGCUAGAGAUUAUACCAAAUAUUUGAGUGACGGAAGGAGGGGUGCAACCCCCCCCCCCCUAUAUUAUGUGCUUACGGACUACUGAAUAAACUAGAGUGAAUUUGACCAGACAAACUGUUGUUAUGUGUUAUUUCUGGUAGAUUCAUUCUCCUGGAUCCAGAUAAAGACUUAAAUCAAGCUACCACCGAAGUUCGGUACCAGGGGUACUUAGAUAAGAUCAGAUCUCCUUACAAUCUGGGGGCUCGUCCGGGAUCGAGAAAGUCAUCCCCGGAUCCGUAUGAGGGAUAUCUGUUUUAUCCUCUGUCUGAUCCGAGGGCACUGACAGCGUCUCGAUCCAAGAACCAACUCACCCAUUCCGGGUAGGAGACCAGGUGAUUGUCAAGGCCCUCCAGAAGGGAAAGAAGCCGGGGAGCUUCAUCUACGGACAACCCACCGAGGUAGUCUCCAUCACCAAAACAGCGGUCCUCACUGAGCAGUCACCCACCUGGAUCCACGCCACAAGGAUCAUGCUGUUGAAGAAAAGAGAGGUACUAAUGGAGGCAGACAGCCUUGACCUCGAAAAAGGCGGAAAAGGGGUACAAACGGGGGCAGACAGCCCUGACCCCCAACUAGGCGAAGAAGGGGUACAAACGGGGGCAGACAGCCCUGACCCCCAACUAAGCGAAAGUCUCCAUGAGUUCUGGCAGUUAAUUUCUAAUAAUGACACUGAUUGCGGAACCUGGAAAAUGAAAUACCCUUUGCUAACAGAGACCCCACACUCAGGGGCAGGUAUACACAUAUACCCAGGGAAUUACACAUGCUAUAGGGGAGAAAAGGAAGAUAUCAAUAGAAAGAACUUUACAAAGAGAUAUUGUGCUAGUUAUAGCUCUGUAGAAGUGUCACUCACUCAGAACCAAGUUUUUUCAAUAGGUGACAUUUACUGGAUCUGUGGCGAUGGUAAAAUAAGGUUCAAGCUAGAGGGCAAGUGGAAAGGAGAGUGGGAUCUAGCUAAAGCCAUUAUGAACAUUCACAUAUUCACAGAAGGGGGAGAACACGUAAUCUCUGCCACAAAAAGGAUAAAGAGGUCAACACCUGCAGGUAGCGUCCAUCCACAUGUAUACAUAGACACAAUAGGGGUCCCAAGAGGGGUCCCUGAUGAGUUCAAAGCCAGGAAUCAAGUCGCUGCGGGCUUUGAAUCUAUCCUUUCUAUAAUCACUGUGAACAAAAAUGUAGACUGGAUUAAUUACAUUUACUAUAAUCAACAAAGGUUUGUAAACUACACAAGGGAUGCGUUACGAGGUGUUGCAGAGCAGCUCCAAGCUGAUUCCAUUAUGACAUUUCAGAACAGAAUGGUCUUAGAUAUGAUUCUGGCAGAAAAAGGUGGGGUGUGCAAAGUGCUUGUGGAUCCUACAUCAUGCUGCACCUUCAUACCCAACAACACUGGUCCCAAUGGGAAAGUAACUAUUGCAAUAUAAAAGUUAGAGGACCUGUCUGCCGAACUAAAAAAGAACUCAGGUAUUACAGAUCCCUGGGAUCAAUAUUUUGGAUGGUUUACUAACUGGAAACAUGAUUAACACAAUUAGGUAUUAUCAUUCUUGUAAUCAUUAUAGUUAUUGCUGCAUUUUCUCUAUGUGUGAUACCAUGUAUUAGGAGGUUGCUAGAAAAGGGAGUCGCCAAUGCCACGGCCACAUUUUACCAGGCCACGCCCUCAUUGGCUAAUGAAGACACUACACCCAGUGGAUACAUGCAAUACCUAAAACUCUACAGAAAAAGGAAGGUAAAGAAAGGAGAACCGUAUAGUAUAAAAUAAUAUAAGGUUCUAAGAGGGGAUUGAAGGGGUUACUGUAUUGUAUCCAUCACACAGUGUCUUUAUCCUGUCAGCAUGUAAUGUUAUCUCUUUGCUAGGAAUGUAGCCGCGAAGGUUAAUUAACCAUAUUAGGACUUCCUAUUCUUACAUGUGUUAUGGCUUUCUCGAUCAUCUGUCUCUCCCAUGAAUUCUCUCAGAAACCUCCGUAUACCUAAUAUUAUAGGCUAGAGAUUAUACCAAAUAUUUGAGUGACGGAAGGAGGGGUGCAACCCCCCCCCCCCUAUAUUAUGUGCUUACGGACUACUGAAUAAACUAGAGUGAAUUUGACCAGACAAACUGUUGUUACGUGUUAUUUCUGGUAGAUUCAUUCUCCUGGAUCCAGAUAAA